CUGCCUCCUGAUGUUUGAUCCCGCCGCGGCGCCCGCAGGGAUGAGCGAUGGAGGGGCCGAGCCCGGCGGGAGCCCCGUGCUGCUGGCCGAGCCCGCGGCCACCGGGCGGGCCCGGGAGAAGCUGCCGACCCGGGCGGAGCUGGAGAGCGCCCUGCGCGCCGGCGGCGGCGGCGGCGGAGCCGCCGGCGGCUUCAAGGACAUCCCGGGAACGUCGGCGGUCAGCCCCGGCUCCUCCAAGCAGUGCGCCCCGGACACCGAGAGCCCGUCGGGGACCGGCGAGGCGGAUUACUGCCGCCGCAUCCUGGUGCGAGAUGCCAAAGGGACGAUCCGGGAGAUCGUGCUGCCCAAGGGGCUGGACCUGGACCGGCCCAAGCGGACGCGGACGUCCUUCACGGCGGAGCAGCUCUACCGCCUGGAGCUGGAAUUCCAGCGCUGCCAGUACGUGGUGGGCCGGGAAAGGACGGAGUUAGCGCGGCAGCUCAACCUCUCCGAGACGCAGGGAGGCGUUUGUGGAAGGGCAGGGAUGGGAACAGCAGCCCCGUGUCUCUGGAGAGGGAAUCCCAGGAUACGGCGCUCUCCAACGUCACGGCACGGGAUUCCAGGGAUCCAACCCCUCGUGGGCUCCGUCCCGGGGAUUCCAGGGAUCCAACCCCUCGUGGGCUCCGUCCCGGGGAUUCCAGGGAUCCAACCCCUCCUGGGCUCCAUCCCAGCGAUUCCAGGGGUCCAACCCCUCAUGGGCUCCAUCCCGGAGAUUCCAGGGAUCCAACCCCUCCUGGGCUCCGUCCCGGGGAUUCCAGGGAUCCAACCCCUCAUGGGCUCCAUCCUGGUGCUGACAGCCAUGGAAAACCGGGAUGGAGCCGCCAUCGUGGGUUCCGGAUGAUUCCAUAGGCUCUGGAUAACGCCGUGUUCCCGUUUUAUUCCCGUCUUCACACAAUGCUCCCCACACCCUGCCGGGGAUCUGGGAAUCAGAAUUCUGGGAUCAGAACUCCCCGGAGCAUUCUGAGCGCGGUGACAUUUGGGAUGACAUUCCAGGUGCCAGGAGCAGGGGAGGGGACAUGGCCCUGCCUUCCUGGAGUCAGAGGGAUGAAUCCUUAGGGAAUGGAUCUGCGGGAGGAGGAAAAAUACAGGGGGAUCUCGGGGACUCAUUCAGUUGUGGAACAGGGAGUGGGAAAUAAAAAUAAA